CAUUUAUUGUUGUUUUUCAUUAGCUCGGCUUUUCUUGCAAUCUUUAGUCUUCAUCCGUCAGAACUCCGGAUCGCAUUUCUAAAAAUUAGUUUGCUUAGAUUGCGUGCAAUUAGUUUAACAGUUUUUGCUAAGAAUGGCAGCCCAUUUCAUAAGAAAAAUUACUUCUACAUCCCUUGGUAACCGGGGCUAUGCUUCUGGAGUUCGUAAGGUUACGCUAAUUCCUGGAGAUGGAAUUGGUCCGGAGAUUUCUGCUGCUGUUCAGAAAAUUUUUCAAUCUGCCAAUGUUCCAAUUGAGUGGGAGGCGGUUGAUGUAACUCCUGUCAGGAAUCCAGAUGGAAAGUUUGGAAUUCCACAAAGUGCCAUAGAAUCUGUUAACCGUAAUAAAGUUGGUCUGAAGGGACCUUUAAUGACUCCUGUGGGUAAAGGACAUCGAUCACUUAAUUUGGCUCUCAGGAAGGAAUUCAACUUAUAUGCGAACGUGCGUCCUUGUCGAAGCUUGGAAGGCUACAAAACACUGUACGACAACGUCGAUGUUGUCACCAUUCGCGAAAACACUGAGGGUGAGUAUUCCGGUAUUGAACAUGAAAUUGUCGACGGAGUUGUGCAAAGUAUCAAGCUGAUCACCGAGGAAGCCUCUAGUCGCGUGGCUGAGUAUGCAUUCAAGUAUGCUAAGGACAACCACCGAAAGAAGGUUACCGUAGUUCACAAAGCCAACAUCAUGCGAAUGUCGGACGGGUUGUUUUUGCGCUGUUGUCGGGAGAUGUCCAAAAAAUAUCCUGAGAUCAAGUUCGAAGAGAAGUACUUGGACACAGUGUGCUUGAAUAUGGUGCAGGAUCCAAGCAAAUUUGAUGUUCUGGUUAUGCCUAACUUGUACGGUGAUAUUUUAUCGGACAUGUGCGCUGGUCUUGUCGGUGGUCUUGGUCUAACGCCAUCUGGAAACAUGGGUCUCAACGGAGCCCUGUUCGAAUCUGUUCACGGUACUGCACCUGAUAUCGCCGGCAAAGAUCUCGCCAAUCCAACUGCUCUACUGCUAUCGGCGGUGAUGAUGUUGAGGCAUAUGGAAUUGAAUCAGCAUGCCGAUAAAAUUCAGAACGCUUGCUUUGAAACAAUCAAAGAAGCUAAGUAUCUCACCGGCGAUCUUGGUGGUAAAGCCAAAUGUUCCGAGUACACCAACGCCAUCUGUGACAGAAUCAAGUAAACGAAUAUUACAAUUCUGCAUCAGUGCUCAGCAGAGAGGGCAACGCAAAAUUAUGCUGCAGUUUUUUUUUUAUUCAAAUUUUACUCGUCAUACCCGCCAAAAAUCAUUAGCAAAUAUUUAUUAUUGAGUAUUUUUACGGUUCUCAUUUGCAACGUGCAAAAGAAUGUAGACCGUUGAACGCGCCGUAGUACUUCAAAACCGAUUAUUUUGAGCAGACAGUAUUACGCUAUAAAAUCGUAUAGAAUCGACCGUUAAGCUAUAAAUACAUACUCUACAGCCAGCAGCUCUUCUCAGACAAUAAUGUUUCCUGUAUAUCCCAACCAAAGUUGCUUGCUCUUUCGGAAAAGAAAUUAUCUCUUACUGGAAUCUUUGAAUCGAACCACGGGUGGUCGCAGAAAAAUAAAAAUGACAGUUAAUUUAUUUCGAAUCGUAUAGAUCCUAUUGAGGUUACUUAUCGAAAAAUAUAAAACCCCAUACGUUCAUUA